AGCAGCAGCAUCAUCAAUAAUCACACCCUCCUGCCAACAGCUCCUUAACCACCGCGAUGGACAAGAACACCGCCACAACUGUUUCGCUAAUUUACGGUAUGCUGACCGCCCUCCCAGCCACCGCCUAUUACAUACCGGCAUUCUAUUAUCCACAGGUGGGCGGCAUGGUAGGCUCGGUUGCGAAUGGAAACGGCAUCCAGGCAGCAUGGGGUCCCAGCGGAUUCACAGCCUCAAGCAACUCCCCUGGCUUUAACACACACAUGGAUGGUCAGUUUUCGCCUAGUAGUGGUUCUGUGUCAGACUCAGUCUCACGAUCGCAGACAUCCCCCGUCUCUCAGGGCCUUCGCGGCUUGUUUUAUCCGGGCUUUGGCAGUCUGUCCUACCCUGGUAUCGGAGGCGCAUUCUACCCGUACUUUUAAUUAACGACUAUAUUAUGCACACCGGCAUAGUGAAUAUAUAAAUCAUAAACCGC